AUGGCCUUCUCCGGCGAUGAAAGUCGCUGUGCUCUUGGCACACUUCCACACACUCUUCCUUGUCUCUCUGUGGGGGUGAGUGCGGCAGCAGCGUGGUCUACGGCAGCGGCAGCUGGUGUCUUGGAGAAGGUCGAUGCGCCGAGGAACAAGAGGGCGAACCUGCUGGACGAUAUUACGAUGGCGGAUGAAAACAUUUUCUACGGUCUUUCAUCGAUUUUCUUUGGAAGUGCGCCGUGUCGCCGCCUGACGGGAUGCCUGCACUCGGCACCCUUCGAGGCAUUGUGUUGUUUCAUUCAGUGUGAUGUGACAAUCAUCAUGGCAGCACCUUCCCUCAACGGCUCUGAGUGUGACAAUACGAAUGACGGCAAAAACAGCGAUGAGGAUUAUGGUGACGACUUGCACCGAGGGGCGGAUUAUUUGCGUGUCUUGGCACACGAAUCCCAGGAGGAUUUGAAUGCCGUCUCCACAAUUCCCGGCCUUGCGGAACCGUUGGCUUUCGCGCCGUCACCUGCCGUAAUUAGUGCCCCAUGCGUUGAGGCUGAUCCAUUUACCGUGGAGUUCACGCAGCAGCUCUCGAGUGUUUGUGCUGCUCAUCUUGCGUUGGCUCUUUCGCAUGUAUCUCAGCGUUGCCUGGCGUGUGAUUUGAUGUCUGUGUUGUCCAGGCCGCCGCCUCGAGUUUUCUUUUUGUGCCCAAUAAGAAACUCUUUGCGUUGCGGUGGAUAUUUAUUUGCGUGGCCGUCGACGCACGUGACGAUGCUCAACGGGUGUGUCUUUUGUUUGGCGGGCACGAGGGAGACUUCGGUGUGUGCCGACACCUCCGCGAAAGUCUUCGUUGACGGAUCGAGGCGAAAAUAA